UCUAAACAUUAAGAAAAAAUAAUAUUUUUAUUUUUAAAAAAACUUAUUCCUGCAUAUCAGGAAAAAAACCCUUUUUGUUUUGGACUUAUUAAAUUUUGAGCACUGAUGGGACACAAGAGAGCAAAGCUGCAGAAGUUAAAGUCGGCGGUGCGACCUGAGGAGCGGCGCGUUGCCAGAGGCUGCGGGGAAAGUUGUGCGUUUCUCUUUCUGAGGCUUUUUUCACUAAAAUAAAUAAUGUCAUCUCUGCAGGGAGUUUCUGCUGUGGCUCUUUUUCACUGCAUGUUGACAGCUGCUGCACUGAUAGACUCCGAUGACGUCAUCACGCGAGACGAGCAGAUCUUUGUUCUGAUUGGUGCACACGCCCGGUGUGAGAGGAGCAUCCGCGCACAAAUGGCCCUCAUCAAAGACGGGGACUGUUCUCCGGAGUGGGAUGGGAUUAUCUGCUGGCCCCGGAGCCGAGCGGGCCAGCUGGUCUCAGUGCAGUGCCCAGCGUACAUCUAUGACUUCAACCACAGAGGGCGAGCUUACCGCCAGUGUGAUGUGUCAGGGAACUGGGAGCUGGUGCCCAGUAACAACCGCACAUGGGCAAACUACACGGAGUGCACCCGAUACCUGACCUCCAACCACAGAAACCUGGAGGAGAAGGUGUUUCAGCGCCUCCAUCUCAUGUACACUAUCGGCUACUCCAUUUCUCUGGCGUCUUUGUUGGUGGCGAUCUCCAUCCUUUGCUAUUUCAAGCGCCUCCACUGCACACGCAAUUACAUUCACAUUCACCUCUUCACCUCCUUCAUCUGUCGAGCUGUUAGCAUCUUUGUGAAGGACGCUGUGCUCUACUCCAUAUCUGACGCCAGCAGAGCUGAGUCUGAGUUCACAACUGUGAAACAGCCCAUGGCUGGGUGUAAAGCUGCGGUUACGCUCUUCCUGUACUUCCUGGCAACCAAUCACUACUGGAUUCUGGUGGAGGGAUUGUACCUCCACAGCCUCAUCUUCAUGGCGUUCCUGUCUGACAAGAACUACUUAUGGGCUCUGACCAUCAUGGGCUGGGGUGUUCCGGCUGUGUUUGUGUCCAUUUGGGUCAGCGCUCGAGCUUCGCUGGCAGAUACUCAAUGUUGGGACAUCAGCGCCGGAAACCUGAAGUGGAUCUACCAAGUUCCCAUUCUGGCAGCCAUUGUUGUGAAUUUCUUCCUUUUCCUAAACAUAAUCCGUGUUCUGGCCUCUAAACUGUGGGAAACCAACACCGGAAAACUGGAUCCUCGACAGCAGUACAGGAAGCUCCUGAAGUCCACCCUGGUCCUGAUGCCUCUGUUCGGAGUCCACUACAUAGUGUUUAUGGCCCUCCCCUACACUGAGGUGACUGGGCUGCUGUGGCAGGUGCAGAUGCAUUAUGAGAUGUUCUUCAACUCUUCUCAGGGUUUUUUUGUGGCGUUCAUCUACUGCUUCUGCAAUGGCGAGGUGCAGGCAGAGGUAAAAAAGGCCUGGUUAAGACGCAACUUGGUGCUGGACCUCAAGCAGAAAGCCAGGAUGACGAGCAGCGGCGGCGGGAGCUGCUACUACGGCGGCAUGAUGUCCCACGCCACCACCCACAGCGUCUGCAUGUCCGCCAUUCAUCCCAGGGCUUUCUCCUUCACCGCGGGGUCAGGAGGGGCCGCUGGGGGGUCAGGGGUCAGGCCGCCACGUCACUCUGCCCCGUCGUCGCUCCACCACAACCACAGCAGUGUGUGUGUGUUCGUUCCCAGCACCGCUGAGACCUCAGGCUCCCAGCAGGACGCGGCGGUGUGGAAACCAGGGAGGGCCGAGUCCAGAGCCAACAAAGAGAAUGAUAACAGCAGCAGCAACGCAGCAGCAGAUCCAGACUGCUCCGUACCUGUGAAAGAGCUAGAAACCAUUUUAUAACCUUCACUGAUCGUUGUUGGCAGGACACAGUGGUUUUGAAACUGGAUCCUUUCUGCGUCGUCGUCAUGGUUAUAUGGAGGGAUUCACUAUCUGUCUUAGAAACUGAUGGUUUCUCCUUUUAUUCUGACAAGAAAAAGACAGAAUACAUCCCCGUUAUGGGCUGCCCACUCUAAUAACUACACUAAACAAAAGUAUAUAGACUCGUUGCAGCGCAAGAUCCCACCGCCAUCAUUCUGCUGGAGGACAAAAAGCUGCUGGCUGACCAUGACCAGCAUUGGUUUUAACUGUUAGACUUUAAAUAUAACACACUAAAUCUUAAGAAGGAUGUAAUUCAGUUAUUCUUGUUUGACUUUGACAACCUUAAUAUAUAGAUGUGAUGUAUUUUUACUAAA